AUGGGAUCUGGGAAUAAUAGCAAUGCCCUUAUCAUAGUAACCGCCGUGUUCUUCGGGAUAUCACUGGUGGCGGUUUGUCUACGAUGUUUUGUGCGGUUGAGAAUCGUGCACGCAUUCGGAUGGGACGAUGCAUUGAUUGUGACGGCGAUGGUGUUCAAUGUGGGAUUCGCCACCUGUACCUUCCUCAGCGCCUCCUCUGGCACAGGGAAAACGCCGGAAUACCUUGCGACCCGACCUGACGACGUCCUCUGGUGGCUGGGACAGAUCAUCUAUAUCAUCACCGUGACGAUUGCUCGACUAUCGAUUGCCAUCACCUUACUCCGUCUCACGGUGGAGCGUAUCCAUAAAUGGAUUCUCUAUGGAGUGAUGGCCCUGUCCACGGCGGUGGGGAUAGUCUUUCUUUUCCUCUCCAUCUUCCAAUGCCAGCCAGUCUCCUACUAUUGGAAUCGCCUCUGGAUGGAAGGCCACUGCCUGGACAUGAACUCGCUUCUCGGGGUGGUCUACAUGUACAGCGCCGUCGCGGCGGCCUGUGAUUUCACCAUGGGCCUUCUUCCCGUAUCCCUCAUCUGGAGGCUUCAAAUGGAUAAUCGGACGAAACUUGCCGUGGCCGGGAUCUUAGGCAUUGGUUGCAUAGCGAGCGCUGCUGUCAUCGUCCGCAUCCCUUUUCUCAGCUCAGCAAAGAGCCCAGACUUUCUCCACGCAACCACCCAGAUCUCAAUCUGCUCCAACGUUGAAGCUUGCUUGGGCAUCACCGCCGGUAGUCUUGCGACCGUGCGCCCGAUCAUCCGCAUGUGGUCCCGGAUGGCUUCGUCCAUUCCCAGCCAGCAUAGCUUGAUCGCUUCACAUCCCAUUGCUAGCAAACGUCGCGGUACUGUCGAUAGUCGCGAAGAUGCCACCAGCUAUUCCACUUACGCCAGCCAUACCGCACCAUCUCAAUGGCCUCAGAGUCCCAAUUCUAUGGCAUAG